AUGUCCACUCCAUUUGAAUCCCAAGUCCUCGAGGCCAACGCCAAAUACGCCAGCACCUACAAGCACAGCGGCCUCGAAUGCCCUCCUCUACUCAAAGCAGUCAUCGUCACAUGCAUGGACUGUCGUCUCGACCCAAAGUCCGCCUACGGCUUCGAACUAGGCGAAGUCACCACCAUCCGCAACGCAGGAGCAUCCGGCCGCGACGCCGCUCGCUCCGUCCUACUCGUGACUCAUGUACUCGGUGCCCAAGAAGUGCUUCUCAUCAAGCAUACUCGAUGCGGGCUCCUGGGCGUCCCAGAGGACGUUGUGCAUGGUGUCAUGAAGAAGAACCUGGGUUUGGCCGAGUCAAAGGAGGUGGGUAACUUUGAGGUGCUUACUUUCUUUGAUUUGGAGAAGUCUACGAAGGAGGAAGUUGAGUAUCUUCGCAAUCAUCCUCUCGCUUGGAAGAAGGUGCGGGUGACGGGCUGGACUCAUGAUACUGAUACGGGCGUUUUGAAAAAGGUCGUGGAGUAG